UGGCCUAAUGUGCUCUUAGUGUCUCCAGGCGCCUUGCUUUAGAAACGUGGGGCAGGGAUCACGCUGCAGGGAAAGAGAGGAUCAGGAAAAUAUCUUUUUCCCAAGUUGGGAGAAAUCUACACAAGAAAAUGAAGUAUUUUUCUCCCAAGACUGAUCACUUGGGAUAGUCUGUCCAUACAGAUGGCCACUCAGGUUUUGAGUGGAGAUGUGAAGAAGCGGGAUCUAGGUAGGAAAUGCUUUGCAUCGUUAGCCCCUUUCCGUGUUGACCAUAUUAUUAGAGGCCUUCCUUUACCAAGGUUGGAUUAGACACAGGAUCUUAGGCCGCUAUCCCCUUUGCAGGGAUUGUUCUUUGUUGGGCAAGUGUUAAAGUGCUUCUCAGCAGGCAACGGGCUCUUACCAGUUGGGCCAGUCUUUCUCCCCUCUUCCCCUGUGAUUGCUACAGCACUAGGCUAUUGUUCUUCAUGUUCAAUGAGAUCUUUCUGUACUCUGCUCCUGAUAAGAUUUUCCUCUUAUUCAUCUCGCAGGUAACCUCUAAACGAACCUUAUGAAGAAAACAUUGCCCUUUGCCUUACGUCUGAAAGGAAAGUACGCAGGAUUAACAAGAACAAGAAAUAAAUUGGAGAAAUUAUAUUUCAAGCUACAUACCUUUGAAUGUAAGGAAAGGAAGGAUUGUGCUGUAAAAAGAGGGGUUGGUAAAGAGAAAAUAAGGCUACAGCAAUACAGAGACUGGGAAGAGGAAAUGUCCUAUUCAGGAGUCCAUAUCUGUGAACUUCAGGCAUAAUAUUAGAAUAAUAAAUGUUAAAAAAUGGAAAAUUCAUUGUCAAAAUCACACACAGGGGAGAAGGGACAUAAUUGUAAGGACUGUGGGAAAUGUUUCAUUGAGAGAAGUUCUCUUGCUAAACAUCAACGAACUCACACAGGAGAGAAGCCAUAUAAAUGUGUGGAAUGUGAAAAGAGCUUCAGUCAGAGUGGACAUCUGCGUAUCCAUCAAAGGAUCCACACAGGAGAGAAGCCACAUACAUGCGUGGAAUGUGGAAAGAGAUUCAGUCAGAGUGGAAAUCUACGCACCCAUCAAAGGACUCACACAGGGGAGAAGCCACAUACAUGCAUGGAAUGUGGAAAGAGCUUCAGUGAGAGUGGACAUCUGCGUAUCCAUCAAAGGAUGCACACAGGAGAGAAGCCACAUACAUGCAUGGAAUGUGGAAAGAGCUUCAGUGAGAGUGGAAAUCUACGCACCCAUCAAAGAACUCACACAGGAGAGAAGCCACAUACAUGCAUGGAAUGUGGAAAGAGCUUCAGUCAGAGUGGACAUCUGCGUAUCCAUCAAAGGAUGCACACAGGAGAGAAGCCACAUAAAUGCAUGGAAUGUGGAAAGAGCUUCAGUCGGAGUGGAGAUCUCCGUAACCAUCAAAGGAUGCACACAGGUGAGAGACCACAUAAAUGCAUGGAAUGUGGAAAGAGCUUCAGUCGGAGUGGAGAUCUCCGUAACCAUCAAAGGACUCACACAGGUGAGAGACCACAUAAAUGCAUGGAAUGUGGAAAGAGCUUCAGUCAGAGUGGAGAUCUACGCACCCAUCAAAGGAUGCACACAGGGGAGAAGCCACAUACAUGCAUGGAAUGUGGAAAGAGCUUCAGUCAGAGUGGAGAUCUACGCACCCAUCAAAGGAUGCACACAGGAGAGAAGCCACAUACAUGCAUGGAAUGUGGAAACAGCUUCAGUCAGAGUGGACAUCUGCGUAUCCAUCAAAGGACUCACACAGGGGAGAAGCCACAUACAUGCAUGGAAUGUGGAAAGGGCUUCAGUGAGAGUGGACAUCUGCGUAUCCAUCAAAGGACUCACACAGGGGAGAAGCCACAUACAUGCAUGGAAUGUGGAAAGAGCUUCAGUCAGAGUGGAGAUCUACGCACCCAUCAAAGGAUGCACACAGGGGAGAAGCCACAUACAUGCAUGGAAUGUGGAAAGAGCUUCAGUCAGAGUGGAGAUCUACGCACCCAUCAAAGGAUGCACACAGGGGAGAAGCCACAUACAUGCAUGGAAUGUGGAAACAGCUUCAGUCAGAGUGGACAUCUGCGUAUCCAUCAAAGGACUCACACAGGGGAGAAGCCACAUAAAUGCAUGGAAUGUGGAAAGAGCUUCAGUCAGAGUGGAGAUCUGCGUAUCCAUCAAAGGACUCACACAGGGGAGAAGCCACAUACAUGCAUGGAAUGUGGAAACAGCUUCAGUCAGAGUGGACAUCUGCGUAUCCAUCAAAGGAUGCACACAGGAGAGAAGCCACAUAAAUGCAUGGAAUGUGGAAAGAACUUCAGGAACAGUUCGAAUCUUCGUGCCCAUCAAAAGAUUCACACAGGAGAGAAGCCACGUAAAUGCAUGGAAUGUGGAAAGAGCUUCAAUCACAGUGUCAGUCUGUGUGUCCAUCAAAGAACCCAUACAGGGGAGAAGCCUCAUAAAUGUAUAGAAUGUGGAAAGAGCUUCAGUGAGAGUGGACAUCUGCGCUCCCAUCUAAGGACCCACACAGGGGAGAAGCCUCAUAAAUGCAUGGAAUGUGGAAAGAGCUUCAGUCAGAGUGGAGAUCUACGAUCCCAUCAGAGGACCCAUACAGGGGAGAAGCCUCAUAAAUGCAUGGAAUGUGGAAAGAGCUUCAGUCAGAGUGGACAUCUGCAUCUCCAUCAAAGGACCCACAGAGGGGAGAAGCCUCAUAAAUGCAUGGAAUGUGGAAAGAGCUUCAGUCAGAAUGGAAAUCUGCGUUUACAUCAAAGGAUCCACACGGGGGAGAAGCCACAUAAAUGCAUGGAAUGUGGAAAGAGCUUCAGUGAGAGUGGACAUCUGCGCUCCCAUCAAAGGACCCAUACAGGGGAGAAGCCUCAUAAAUGCAUGGAAUGUGGAAAGAGCUUCAGCGAGAGUGGAAAUCUGCGCAGCCAUCAAAGGACCCAUACAGGGGAGAAGCCUCAUAAAUGCAUGGAAUGUGGAAAGAGCUUCAGUCAGAGUGCACAUCUGCGUUUCCAUCAAAAGAUCCACACAGGGGAGAAGCCACAUAAAUGCAUGGAAUGUGGAAAGAGCUUCAGUCAGAGUAGAAGUCUGCGUUCCCAUCAAAGGACCCAUACAGGGGAGAAGCCACAUAAAUGCAUGGAAUGUGGAAAGAGCUUCAGUCACAGUGCCAGUCUGCGUGUCCAUCUAAGGACCCACAGAGGGGAGAAGCCUCAUAAAUGCAUGGAAUGUGGAAAGAGCUUCAGUCAGAGUGGACAUCUGCAUCUCCAUCAAAGGACCCACACAGGGGAGAAGCCUCAUAAAUGCAUGGAAUGUGGAAAGAGCUUCAGUCAAAGUGGAGAUCUACGAUCCCAUCAGAGGACCCACACAGGGGAGAAGCCACAUAAAUGCAUGGAAUGUGGAAAGAGCUUCAGUGAGAGUGGACAUCUGCGCUCCCAUCUAAGGACCCAUACAGGGGAGAAGCCUCAUAAAUGCAUGGAAUGUGGAAAGAGCUUCACUCAGAGUGCACAUCUGCGUUCCCAUCAAAGGAUCCACACAGGGGAGAAACCACAUAAAUGCAUGGAAUGUGGAAAGAGCUUCAGUCAGAGUAGACAUCUGCGUUCCCAUCAAAGAACCCAUACACACAGGUAGAGCAGACUGCCUUUAUGUUUCCUAGUUCUGGUAAAAUAUUUCCCCAGGCAAGGGUCCCAGGCAGACAAAAAUGGGAGAAUGAACAGAAGAAGGAACUUGCUCUCUAUCUGUUAUGUACAGCAAUUUGUGUGGUCUGGCUCACAAAUUGCAUAGAGAAUAGAAGACAAAGAGUGAUGACAUCAGCUGGUGAAGAUUAUUGAAUCUGUUGAGAUAGACAAUUUACCAUAUAAGCCGACUCGAAUAUAAGCCAAGGCGCCUAAUUUUACCACAAAAAACUGGGAAAACGUAUUGACUCGAGUAUAAACCAAGAGUGGGAAAUGCAGCAGCUACUGGUAAAUUUCAAAAUAAAAGUAGUUACCAAUAAAAUUACAUUAAUUGAAGCAUCAGUAGGUUAAAUGUUUUUGAAAUUUUACCAUAUUUCAAAGAAAAACAGUAAACUAGGUCUGUAAGGGGGAAAGGAGGGUCAACAAAAACCACAUGGUAUCAACAAUAACUUUAGAAGUAUUGGGAUCCAUUUAUAACAGGAUAAAAAAGAGACUUUGAAAAAGACUGUCUUUCAAGAUGUUCCCCUGCUCCUUCUUUCCUUUCCCAAUAUCCAAGACGGCCGUCUUCUUAAUGUAUCCCUUGCAAUAUCCAAGAUGGCUCAUUGCUACAGAACCUUGGGAGCUGUAAUUUGGUAUGGUACCGUCAUUCUUUGGCAGAGAAAUCUAAAUUGUAGGAGUUGAUAUUCAAUCAUUUCUCCUUCCCAUAGAGUAUUUUAUACACACUUUUAACUAUGAUUUAUUUGUUAUUUUAUUGUGUUGUGUUUUUAUGAUUGUCUAUGGCAGUGGUUCCCAAACGUAUUUGGCCUACUGCCCCCUUUCCUGAAAAAAUAUGACUCAGCACCCCCUGGAAAGGGGCGUGGCUUAGAGGGCUGGGCGUGGCUCUUGCUCAAGAGGGCGGGGCUGAGCCUCUCCCCUAGUCCAAGAUGCAGGUCUGGGAGGGGGAGGGGGAGGUAGGUGGGGCCACAAAUGGGAGGCCAGGACUGGGAUGGGUGGAGUUACAAGCUCUGAGGCAGGGCUGAGCUUCUGUCCCUAUCUUGGAUGCAGGGGGCAGGGCUAGAGGAGAGGGCGGGGCCUCUUCCCAAGUGCCUGACGGGGCUGAACCUCUCUACCCCAUCCCUGUGUUCUCACAAGCGCCUCAGGGGAGGUAUACAGAGGCUCAGCCCUGUCUCGUGCUCUUGGGAGGAGGCCCCGCCCCUAGCUCCACCCUUUAGUCCUAAAAGGCCUCUCAGGAAAGGCUCAGCCCUGUCUCAGGCUCUUUGGAAGAAGCCACGCCCACUCCUCUAGCCCCACCCCCUGUGUCCUAACAGGCACCUCAGGGACUCAGCCCUGUCUUCCGCACUUAGGAAAAGGCCCCGCCCCUCCCCUAGCCCCGCCCCCAUCUCCUAACAGGUACCAUCACCGCCCCCCUGGAUCGCUGGUCUAUGGCAUUGAAUAUUUGCCUUUGCAUUUGGAAGCCGCCUUGAGACCUUUCAGAGAAAGAGGGUGGGUUAGAAAUAAAUUAUUACUAUUAUAAAAUACCUGGAGGGCUGAAGUUUGCCCAUGUCUGCUCUAUGCUGCACUUUCCUGACCAGGCUUUGCCCCAUGUAAGCUGCCCCUAGUCCCUUCGGGGAGAUGGGGCGGGGUAUAAGAAUAAAAUUAUUAUUAUUAUUAUUAUUAUUAUUAUUAUUAUUAUUAUUAUUUCCCAUCAUCAUCAUCAUCAUCAUCAUCAUUGAAUUACUUAUUAAUCGCCCUCCAUCCACGAUGCUCUAGGCGAUUUAUAAGAUAAAAUUGUAAAGGAUAAAAAUACAUACAUACAAAUAUUGAUUUAAAAAAAUUAAAAUAGAUUAAAAGCUCUAGUAAAGAGCCAGGUCUUGAGUGCAAGGGUAAAAGGCCCUAACUCCCGCAUGGCUCUCAUCUAGGGCGGCAAGGCAUUCCAUAAGGCAGGGGCAGAAACAGAAAAAGCUCUGCGCCUGGUCCUUUCCAAGUGCACUUCUCUAGGACCCGGUACAUAGAGUAAGUCUCGUUGGGAUGGUCGUUGUGACCUCCGAUGAUGAGAGAAGGAGAGACGGUCCCUAAGAUACGAUGGGCCCUGGCCGUAAAGAGUUUUAAAAGUCAGGACUAGUAUUUUAUAUAGACCACGGUAAUCAAUUGGAAGCCAAUGCAGAUGCUGCAGCACUGGUGUGAUGUGGCAUUUCAUGGGUGUUCUUGUGAGUAGCCUGGCUGCCGCAUUCUGCACAAUACGGAGCUUUCGGGUCGUGGACAUCGGAAGGCCAACAUACAGGGCGUUGCAAUAGUCCAGCCUAGACGUGACCGUGGCAUGGAUGACUGUUGCCAGAGCCUCAUCAGAUAGAUAGGGUGCCAGUUGCCUCGCUUGUUGUAGGUGGAAAAAGGCCUGUUUGCACAACCUGCUAUUGAGAUGGAUCAAUAAUAAUCACAACCUGCUAUUGAGAUGGAUGCAUGAUUAAGACAUUAUUUUCAGCUUACUAUAUAUGUUUUGGCUGAGGGGGCAGAAAUUGCCUUAAAGCCAUCUUGUGCAGCUUCCAAAACCCAACAGUUGAGCACAUUUUGCACUACAGCCAGAUAUUUUCAAGGUUGUGCCCAAAGGGCUUGGCGAAUAUAACCUUUUCUGAGAUGGAUCCAAAUCAGGCAUGGACAAAUUUUGGCCCUCCAGGUGUUUUGGACUUCAACUACAACAAUUCCCAAAGGACCCGGUAUUUGGGCAGCUUCCUUAUUUGGCCAGUAUUUGAGAACACAGAAAUGCUGGACCACUCUCACAACCACCAUGUCAGACGACACAGAGAAGCCAUUGAAAUCCACAAGAAGCAGGUGGACAAUUUCAACAGAGAGGAGGAAACCAUGAAAAUGAACAAAAUCUGGCUCCCAGUAUUUUUUAAAAAAAACUAAAAUCAGGACAGUAAAUAAAGAACAACACUCAGAAAUGGGAAUUCCAGACAGGAGACAAUCAGGGUCAGCUAACACCUCCCAGCAAAGGAUUUACCCAGACAGGAAACAGCCAGGUUUUGAAGCUGCAAGGCUAUUCAGUGCUCCUCAAGGUGACCAAUUGCAACAUUCACACUUGUCUCCAACAGACAAGAGUUCUUUUCCCCAUCCUGGACAUGAUUCCACAGACAGAUAAACCUCACUUGCCUAGUUUUCCAACAGACCUCACAACCUCUGAGGAUGCCUGCCAUAGAUGUGGGCGAAGCGUCAGGAGAGAAUGCUUCUGAGACAUGGCCAGGCAGCCCGGAGAACUCACAGCAACCCAGCCAGUAGGCUGUUAGGAAUUGUGGGAGUCGAGUUGAAGUCCAAAACACCUGGAGGGCCAAGGCUUGCCCAUGCCUAUCUAAAUGCAACUUUUAAUCUUAAAGGGAAAAGUGCCCAGGAUUUUCUCACAUACUACAUAAAUAAAUGGUUGGCAUGUCUGGAGAAGAAUAGGAUGCUUCUAUAUCAGGCAUGGGCAAACUUUGGGGAAAAAACUUAAACGGGAUUGGACAAAGGUUGGAAUGAAGACGGAGAAUCUGGAAAGCGGAGAGUUUGAAAUGAAGAAGGAAAGGAUUAUGGAAGAAUUUAGAGAAAUAAAAUUGAUAUGGUUCCCUUGUAUUCAAUGGUUCAAAAAUUGGGUAAAGAAUAAUAAACAUAGAAGUAAGCUUAAUCAAUUUGAACAAACAAUACAAAAUGGAAGGGAUAGAGAGGAACAUAAAAAUGUGAAAGGAAUAACCAGUAAAUAUAUAUAAAAUAUUAAUUGAAAUAAACAAAGGGAAAGCAAAGAACAAGGAGAUUUGGGAAGAAGAUCUAAGAAUGAAAAUCAAUGAAACAGUGGUCACGAUGGGGACAAAGACAUUUGAAAAAAAAAUAUCAAUAUGAGUUAAAGAAAGUUAUCUGUUGAUAUGGAAAUGGUACUGAACACCAAUAAGAAUAGCAAAUAUAAAUAAAAACUACCCAAAAAUUGCUGGAGAGGAUGCCAAGAAUCGGGAACGUACAUACAUAUGUGGUGGCAGUGUCAAUAUGUAAAUAAUUUCUGGGGAAAGGUAUUUAGGGGAUAGAAGACACAAUGAACAUUGAAGUAGAAAGAAGUCUUAGCUUAGAUUUAUUAUAUAAUAAUAAACAGUUGGAAAAAGAGGACAAAGAUGUGAUAACAAACUUAUUAAACCUUGCAAGAGUGCUUAUAGCAAAGAAUUGGAAAAAGGAAAUAAAUAUACAGAUAAAAGAAUGGUAUAAGGAAAUAUGGAAACUGGCAAGAAAUGAUAGGUUGACAUGCAAAUUGAAAGUUAAAAGAGGGAUGUGGAAACAAAGUGAUUGUGAUGAUGUCUGGAGAAAAUGUAUUGGAAGGGGAUUCCAAAAAAAAAGAGGGAAAAUUACCUCCAGAAGAGGAAAUAAAAUGAAAUUUUGGACAGAUGAUAAAAGAAGUGGCUUGGGAGGAGGGAACACGGUGGUGAGGGUAAGAAAAUAUGUAUAAGCGUGAAAAUAACAGUAGGUGUCACAUGUUAAUGUAUUGUAGAUUGUAGUGAAUAUUUUGUGGGUACUGUAAUACAAGGGAUGUAUGAAAAAAAUAAAAAUUAAUAAAAAUAUUUGUAAUUUG